CGUCACUGUCAAUAACUGUAGCCAUGUCACUAUGGGAUACAACCCUUUCUUGCCGACGGCAGACCUCCGAAUUAAUGUGCUGUGCAUCCCGGCUGGACCAGUCACCCCUGAUCGAUUCCAGGAGUUCAUCAAAUUGCUGCAGAGCGUCGCGGUAGUACAACCCACCGACCUAGUUCCGGGAAAUGCUGUUGAGGGCCCUAUUUUCCUGGAUAUCACAGCAACUCAAGAUGGCAGAAGGGCAGAUAUGUUCCCCCUCGAGCCUAAUGGGCGGCCCCAAAUCCUGCUGGGGUUGAUUGACCACCAGAGACUUGGUUCACACGAUGAUCGUAACGGGGUCAGUGACAAGGCGGAACCACCGAGCAUCGUAUCUGUGCAGUCACAAUUUCAGGAGUUGCAGAUCCAAUCCGCCGCGCAGCUUGUCAGUCAGCUUGUCCUAUGUCACAAUGGCUCUCCUGCUCAGCCUGACUCGGGCGCUCUACUCUUGGACAUUGACAAUGGCAAGGAAUCGGCCCUAAAAGUCGUCAACGAUAUUAUUCACCGUUGGAACGAUGCAGUUUCUGCUUUCAUCGACGACUACCGAGACAAACCAAUUAGUAUGGUACCCAUAGGGAGCUCACAAGCCUUCCCACGAGUUUCGAGAACUCCAGUCCCGAACGAUGGCGCAUUGACCCCUGUGUCCAGCAAAGCCCCGAGCCCAUUACCGACCGUCGUUGAGACCGCUCCUCAGAGCAGUACAUCCAAAGGUCGGUUCUACAUCAUUCAAGGCAUGCUUAAGUUGCAAAGUGGUCAGCGGCUAGAUGCUUUGAAAUCUCUAUCUGAAGGCGCCACCUUGGCCAUUGAGAACCAGGAUCAUCUUUGGCACGGAAAGGCUCUUGAGUGCCUCCUUGUGUCAAUGUUGUGCUUAUCAUGGGCCGAAAUCCCCUACACCAUCCCCAAAGCAUGCCGCUCCUUACCCAAUCGCAAUGGCAUGUUUGGCUCGGAUGCUGCUGCAAAUGCAGGCACCUCACUCAAACCUCUCGCAUCCUUGAUUCCGCCCUUGAUCGAAACCAUCCUGGAACUGUACGGCAAAGUCUCGAAUCUAGACCUUGGCGGUUCUUUGCAAGAUCUUCUGAGAGAGUCUCGUGUGCGACUUGUCAACCUUUUGGUGGCAAUCCGGUCUAUAGGUUGCGUUCUGAAUACUCAGACCCUUGAGAGGUUGAUUGUCGGAGACGAUGCUGCUCAAGACGCCUCUUCGAUGGAUGGCGAACAUGUUUCAGUGUCCAAGGCAGGCUUGGCCAAUACCUUGAUUGAGACGCUUCAGACAUCCCAGGCAAGCAAUAAUUCCUGGCACUAUACCAGCUUGCUGGUUGCAGUUGCUAGUAGCCUGUCAAAACUUGGGCUUGAAAGAAAAUCUUCAUUUUACUUGAAACAGCUGAUGCAGACAUUCGUACCCAAAUUGAUUGAGGCCAGGAAGGUCGGUGCUGCCGAAGCAGGUGUCCAUCCAGCUGCAGGCUUACCCCCUCUAAGCAAUGCACUCCAAGGUAUCAUCCCUGAGAUGGUGGUAGGAACAAGAACUAUGCUCAGCGUCGCUGCGAGCGCCUACGGGGUUCCCCUCCCUUCAGUCCCAGUCAUACGCCCACUCAUCCCCGCCGAACUUGCGCUCGUGCACGCAAAUCUUUCGAGCUGGGCAGCAGAGCAUGCUACAGGAGACGUCCUACUUAAGAUCGAAAUGCUAAGGGUCUGCAUCGGCGUCUGCGAAGCGUUGCCAGAUAUCCCGGCCAGCUUGCACUUUGCCUCCAAUAUCUUGCGAGCUGCGAAGCAAAAUAUAACGAUGCCGGUGUCGUCCCCACCACGGGCACCGAUCAUUCCGAUUGAAGAACAGGCCAAUCUGGCGGAAAAUAUGAAACGAGCCAUCUCUGCCGCUUCCCGUUUCGGACACUCUGGAUGUUUGGCAGAAUAUUGGGAUGACUUCAUGGUCCGUGAUGUGCAGAUUUUUGAACAGGCUUCGAUUUCCAACCUCAUCCCGCAUAAACCUGGUGAUCUCUCGGUCAGAGCAAGCAGAUUUGCUGAUCCAGUCAGAGACCCUUUCAUUUACAACCCAUUUUCUACAAAUAAAAGUGUUGCCAGUGCUCCCGUGCUCGUCGCCGGUGAGCUGGCUGCGUUUGCUGUUUCUCUGCAGAACCCUCUGGAGAUCGAGGUCGAUAUUGAAGAGAUAUGUCUGAUUACCAAGGGAGUUUCAUUCGAACCGUCCCGACACAGUGUUGUCCUCGGCCCCUUUUCCACGCAGAUCUUCCACUUGAAUGGAAGGCCAAUUGCAGAUGGUGACCUCGAAAUCAUUGGCUGUAGAGCCAAAAUACGCAAUUGCUACCAACAAGAAUUUUUCAUUUUCAGAAGCGACUGGACGCUCCCUGUGUCUAUGAAGCAAAAGGCUGGAGGUUUCCGCCGCAUCAAGACUAGAACGAAGACGACUGGAGAUGGCAUUGAUGGAAGUGAAAGUCUAGAUAAGGCGUCCUUGCCAGCGCCAAAUUCUCUCAAGCUGCAGGUUGUUGGACGGCAACCCCGACUUACCAUGAGCUCCAGCACACUGGAAUCACCUACCAUCAUGUUGCUAGAGGGAGAAAGCCGCUCAUUCGUGCUAGGUUUGACCAACGAGAGCGAUGAUGUGAGUGCGGAUCUCGUGUUGAUGACGACUGACGACUCUGUGACUACACGCCUCAAGGAGGCACUGUUGAACAAAGACCUCAGCCCUUCGGAGCAGUACGAGAUCCAAAGCCAACUGGCAACACGACCAGCUAUCUUUAUCAAGCGAGAAGAUCGCCCUCCGUCGAAUCUGAAGCUUGCCCCAAAACAGUCCACCAGCUACACGAUUCAAAUAGUAGGGCGCCCGGGACUGGCUAACGCUGCUGUUUACGCAGACUUUGCUUAUCUCGGAGUGCCGUCGUCUGAGGUCAAGCAAACAUUCUACACACGCCAAAUCAGAUAUCCUAUCAAUGUUACGGUGAAUGCCAGCAUCGAGAUCCCGCGGUGCAGUUUUCUACCAAUUCAGAGCGAUUUUGGGUGGAGCUCGGCACAUUCUGACACAGAGAUCCAAGGCUCUGCAAAUGGGUGUACGGGCGCAUCGAACCUGGGAAGUUGGCUAAAAGCACAGCCUUCUGCAAGCGACUUUUGCAUGCUAUCAAUCGAUCUACGCAACGUCUGGCCACAGCCAUUGGAAAUUACGAUCGAGGCACGACAGCAAGCCGCCAGCAAUUUGACACUUGAAGACGCCCAGCGCGGUGAUCUGUAUGCAACACAUGAGACAUUACAGCCUGGUUUGGUCACAAGAGUGAUUCUUCUGGUGCACCGGCUAUUCAUUUCUGACCCAUAUACGCCAAUCCCCAACCUUGACAAACAGAAACAGUUCGUUGUAUCUACUUCCAAACUCAGCCCGGAAGCAGAGGCUGCCACCCGAGAGUGUUUUUGGUAUCGGGAAGAAUUGCUCAAAUGUCUGACAGGAACAUGGACGGAACCGACCUCAGGAAGAAAGGGCGAAAUCGACUUGAGAAAGGGUAUCCGAUUGAGCCCGCGAAUGGUCGAUGUUUUGAGGUUGGAUCACGUCGAGAUCGACUACACUUUGACUCCAGUUGAAUCGCCGUCAGAAGAGUCUUCGACAGAACGCGACCAAGUUAUGAAACAAGUGGGCAAGUCCCAUUUCAUCCUCCCCGCCGAGAAAUUUGCGACUUUGAAGGUCAAGGUCCACAAUCGUACCACAGAGACACUGCGACUCCUCCUGCGACUUCAACCAGCUCUCCGAAAUCAACCCCACAAUAUAGCCUUGGACCUAUCGAAGCGAUUCGCUUGGUCAGGCGUUCUCCAAAGCGCCCUGCACCCGUCCAUCGAGCCCAAUGGUGUUGGUGAAGCCGAACUUGGCAUUAUCGCAUUGGUGGCAGGAGACUAUGAGAUUAACGCAUCGGUGGAAGAGAUCAAGGGGCGGCAUCGGUCCAAUUCAAAGACACCUAAUGGCCAAUACCCAGACCCAGGCCGUCGAAUCUGGCACGCAAGAUCACCAUUUCAACUCGACGCCACAGAUCCCUUGCCCAAAUCAAGAUCAAACCCGUGAUCCUAGAUUAUGGACAAGACAAGAUCAACCACUUUCAGGAAAAAUUCACGGUCAAAGUCCACUUUGGCGAGACCAAGCCCUAGCAUAAGCGAGCGAUCUUCCUGAGGCGACUUGGUAGUGAUGGCAUGCGCUAUCUGCGAAGCAUAGAGCUGACCCAAAGCCUCUCGAUCUGGCCCACCCGCACCAAGAAGGGUUCGAGGUUGGAAACGCGCGGCAGGAAGUAAACCGUCUUCUUCGGGGCUUAAUGUCUGGAAAUAUGGAUCACUUUGGGUUGGAUUAUCACUCAGAAGAGGUAUGGUGACCUGCGAAAUUAAGCGUAUCGUUAGUAUAGACCAAUGUAGACUUGAG